AUGGUGGCUGGAACUUCAAAGGGCGAUGGACGACAACCUAGUGCAACUAAAACGGCUACAACUGACGGUAAACAAAACAAUACAUUUAUUGGUAUUGCGCACCAGAUUACUACUACUACCACUACGACUACUACUAUUAUUAUUAUUAGUAUUAUUAUUAUUAUUGAUGUUUCCUGGAAUUUCUCUGACAAGUUCCUCUGAACCUUUAUUAAUCACCUCUAACGCACCUACAACCGCUGGAAUUAUUUCUCUCUUCAUCUGCCACAUUCUGGUAAUUUCGAUUUCCAGAUCUUUAUACUUGGAAAGGUUUUUGGAAACCUUGGUGUAGGUAGUUUUAUCAGAGGGUGUAGCUACAUCGAUGAGAGUGCAUUUCUCAUGCGGAUUGUUGUUAUUGUUUUUGUUGUUGCUGUUGUUGUUGUUCUUAUUAUUAUUAUUAUUAUUAUUGUUAUUGUUACUAUUACUAUAUUAUUAUUAUCAUCAUUAUUAUUAUUUUAUAUGUUUAUUUAUUUUUUCUUCAAGACGCACUUGGGAGCGCACGUUGCAGAUCGAAUUAUAGCGAGCUUAAGCAAAGAGGUUUCUGAGCGACGCACGUCAACCGAAAGUCGACUUUUUGCAUUCAUGGGCAGUGUUUUUGCCCAAAAUAAUUGGCAAGAUCGUCUCUAUAAGAAUAGGACACUCGGAGAUACAAAUUUGGUAAGCGUCAAAGCAUAUUAAAAGAAGUUCCUCACUUCUAGUUGACGUGACUCAUAAAAACCUUUGCUUAAGCUCCCAUAUAAUUCUGAAUUGUUGGGUUUUAAGAAAGGCAAAAGGCAUUUUGAAGUCUUAAAAAACUUCUUGGAGCAAAGGCGAGAACCAAAAAGGAUUUGGAUCGAUCCACUGAUUGUUUUCUAUAACGCAUCGUCCACAAAAAAUAGUUUUGAAAUAUGUUUGUAGAAAUUAAUCGUUAUGGUAAGAAAAAAUAAUGCAAGAACUCUCACUCCCAACAUGAGGCUAACUCUACAACCGUCAAAAUAUCAAUAACUUUUAGUUAAGUGGAGAAAACAAGGUGCUGGUCUUGGUUCUGUCGUUGUUGCUGUUUCUUUUCUUUUCUUUUCACAUAUAUUUUUUCUCUUUUGGGAGACAUCGACUUCCCCGCCUUCCUUUAGAAAAAUGAAGCUUGGGAGAACUCAGAAGUGGCUUAUUUGUCGUAUUUCUCACGCCGCAUUGUCAAUAUGAAUUUAGACAAGUAUAUAGAAAUCAUGAAAUACCCAUGAUUAUCCAGUGAAGGGUGUUUUUUGGUCGUUGACUGCUUUUGUUGAUGUUCUCAACUUGAGUGCUUAUGAAUGAAGAAAAAUGGAUUAAUUCUACACUUCUAAGUAAGUAAAUUUUUUUUGUUUGUUUGUGUUAGCCGUGCCGACGAAACCACCGCCUCAAGAUGAUGCCAUUGGAACAAAUGAAGUUAAAGUGCCGUUUGUAAACAAGGAAACUUUAAGCAGUGGCAAAAAAGUUAAGUAAGUCCGCUAUAUACUUUGCUUUACUCCAGAACUGAUCCAUCCAGCUUCAUUUUAUUAAUUUAUGGUCUUGUGGUCUAUACCCUGUAUGAAGUGGUUUUUUAUAUCUUUGAGAGGCCCAAAAGGAAAACGUCUAUUUGUGCAAAUUUAUGAGCCGUUAUAUAGAUUUCUGCAGUCAUUCCUCAGACGUCAUUUCGUGGAGAAACCAUAGAAGUGGCGUCGCAAAGUGUGGGCUGUUUUGUCGUGUUAAUAAUUCAAAGUGCACUAUGACGUAGCUUUAGCGAUGUUGCCUACUUAGAAACUUUGCGUUAAACAGUUUCAGAGCUAACUUUCAUUUGAUCCCGAAGGAACCGCUUUCGGGGGAAUAAUUCCAUCGAUAUCUAACUGUACAUGAUAUUAGAGAGGUUAAGCAUCACGUUUACUUCAAACGCCAAACGCGAAUUUGUACCACGUGAAAGAUUUUUCCCUUUGCUUGUCGCCUACUGUUUAUAUUAUUAUUUCUACACAUAGAUUAGCAGUUUCACGCAAUUUUUUAUCCAUCAGAAUUUUCUGAACUGUUUUUAUCUGCUCAUUUUCUAUUUUGAGAAAUUCUCAACUUGAAUCUGACGUUUGCCGUAUACUUGAAGCUUAAACUCUCUAUGACCUUUCUGUAGCUAUUUUCAGAUAAUUGUCACACCAUUAAAAGAAAAAGAUGUUCUGGGAAACACUGCGGAUGCUAAAUACGAAACAGUCGACCUGAUUUACGAAGAUCAAGAGGAAGGAAAACCUUACAUUACUGCCGAGUUUUCAAAGGGUCUGUUCACAACAGAAUUCCCAGUUGGAGACGGGAAAUACUACUCACGAAAUGGUGUAACCAGCCCUAAAAGAAAACGCAGAGCUGCCGGUAAGUUGGCUCUAGACCUUUGGGUCACUAUCUUAUCUGGCGUUGAGAGAUAUGUGACACCACACAGGGCAUGGUUUUCGUGGUAAUAGCGAAUUUAAGCAACUACGACGACGACGACGACAAAGUCAGAAAAACAAUCGAAUUUAUGAGCAAAACAACAGCUUUGCUCGUGCAUCACGCUUUUAGUACAUUUCUUUGACGUCCCUUGCACGACUACGACGUGAAACCUCGGCCCAAUGGGACGUUUUGUGGAGGACGUGAACAUACGGCGACAGAUUUUCCUUUCUUUAUUUGAACAUGGAUAAAGCAUUACAUUUGACGAAUUGAACUGUUCAAAACAAAAGGCUUGGCUGGGAUAACGCAGAUACAGGCAAUUAGUAAUACCUGUAUUUUGUGAAUUGAUUUCUGCAUUGAUUUGCUGUUACUUUAUUUCCACGGUGAAACUGUCAAGUCAUUGCCUUUACAUUCUCAACUUUGCUACUGAAGGAAAAUCUCCCUAAAAUUCCGGCUAAAUAAAAAGUACUCGGUGGAUAUGCUUAGAGCCCCUCUGAGAGAUACUCUUAUGGUAAGAGUUAAAACAGAUCAAUGGUUCUCUAACUGUGACGUUUCUUUGUUGUUUUAUUUUUUUUUACUAGUUGUGACGUAUCUAAACGGAAAGCUUGACGAUGAUACCAAGUACGCCGUAUUUCAGCGUUCUUUUCAUACUGAUAAUGAUUACGAGAACGAAGGGUUUAUCAUAUUCACCACCAACAAGAACAACACGGCCACUGUUGUAGCAGGGGUGGUUGUUUCGCUCAUUGUGGUUGCUGUUAUUGUAGUGAUAGUCGUCCUCUAUAUUCGUCGAAGAAAGAGGGAUAAAGCUGCUGAUGGUGAAAACAUGCCCGUGAACUCUGAGCCACCCCGUACUACCCGUACUAAAUCAGUCACCGAAAUUUUCCGAAAAUCAGGAAUUGGUAAGUCAUUCUUUAGAAAGGUCGCCAAAAGGUCUUUCGGGAUCCGAGAUUUUCCUUAUUUAAAGUACGGGAUUCCCUGACCGGAUUCUGAUUUUAAGCGAAAUCGGGGCAAGAUUUGGCCGGGAUUGAAAGUAUACACGGAAGGUGGGAUGCCGAAACUGAUUUAUAACCAUCGGAAUUACGGGAUUGCAAAGAAAUUUUCGUCGCGAUGAUGGUAUUAAAGAACAUUAUUGGAGACUCUCCUGUAGUAACCUGUUGAUCUGUUGAGCAAGGCCUUUUGCAUCGUCAUACACUGCGAGCAGAGGUCUCUGUUUUGAAUGGCUUUUAGCGUUUACGAAUUCGUUCGCAUCGUCUGUCAGUCGCUUGUCACUACGCGACUGAAAAGCGACGCGAACGACUUCCUAAACGCUAACAGCCAUGCAACUGAGAAAUCUCUGCUCGCAGGGUUGCAUCGUCAGGACUUGGCUAGCACCAAAUCGACCUCUUUUUGUCACUAAUACGGGGUAAAAAUUUGUCACUAAUCCCAAGCAAGCGAGGCGAGGGUAAUUAGUUCGCGAAGAGGUGAGGGACGCCGUCGCCAGAGCGGUCGACUUCUCCCACUCGAAGGAAUUUGAAUCUAGCUUCCCACCAAAAGCCAACGUUGUGGGGCUGUGUUAGUUGAUCGGUGAUUUUUUUUGUAAUUUAUACAGCCACCAGCUUUUGGGUCGCUAAAAUAUGCUUGCUUCAAAAGAGAAAAGUCUUUUUUAUACUUGACAAAACAAAACCGCGCAACCACAUAGAGCUUUCUUAAAGUAUAAGCCAGGACGUAGUUAUUCCAAUCUCGUUUCUUAGAUUGGUGGAAUGAAACAUUCCUUUUUUUGAAAUACAUCAAUAAGGUUAUUCUCUAAAAAAUAUGCAGUGGGGCGAAGCCCAACAAACACACUCAGUAAACAUAGGAACUAAUUUACAUUGCACCAAACGUUUGCACUGUUGUGUACAGGUUUACUGUGCUUUUUGGGGGUCGUCGUGCAAAGCCCCUCCUUACGUAAAUUUAAGUAACGUAAUUUUGGAGAGAAUGUUUUUGUGACGGCCCAAGUGACGGCUGGCUGUGUAGAAGACUUCAUGUUUGACAGAAUUAAUUGAUUUUUAUGUUUGUAAUAGAGGGCUCUUUGUGAUGUCUAUCAUAUAGGUCACAAUGGUUAUGAAUCUAAAAUAAACGUCCCUGAAGUUUGAAAUAAUAAUUCCAGACGUACCAAACCCUUCCCCUAAAAAUUAAUGAUGAAAGCCACAAGUGACCUUUCUUACAGGCCAAGGCAGUGUAACUGUUGACUACAUUGUAUCAACUAAGGAAGCUCUCCCUGAUUUAAGCACUACCACAAGCCCAUGAUUUAUGACGAGAAAUUUCAUUUACAUUCAAUGUGCACUUUGAUACAGUGAGUCCGUCAUAAUUGAGCUUAUGUUGCUAGAAGUGCCACCCGAACGGGUUACUGCCAUGGAGGAACUGGGACGAGGUGCUUCUGGAAGAGUUUUUAAGAGCGUGAUGAGGGGGCUACCUGAAAAGAUGACGUCCUCGAAACGCAAGGAUCACAGUUUGGAUUUGCAUGAGGGACGUAUUGUUGCUACAAAAGUUCUAAGAGGUGCGUGGAUUUAGAAUAGGGCAAAAAGUUGACUUAUUCUUUCAGCAGACGUCUCAAUGCUUAACUGAUUCACGGGAGUGACUCUUAACAGGUUUCAAUUAUUUAAUCCGAUAGGCAGCAACUAUUAUAUUGUGUUAAACAGCAUCUCAAUACCCCAGUCAGUCACAGGGCGAUGUACCUCACGGGUCCAUUUUAGGUCCUUUAUUUUUUCCUAUGUAUAUUAAUGACCUCCCUGAGUGUUUGCAAUUUACCAAACCAAAGUGUCGCCGUGGGCCUCCGCUAAAUCGACUGUCGGAUAGACGUUUUGUAAUGAAUAUAUCAAUGUAGACAUAAAAACCUUCAGUGAGACCAGCACAUUGAUAACGUGUGCUCCAAGGUUAGUCGUGUUAUAAGUGGCUUAGGCAGGCUCGAGUUUAUGUGUCAUUAAAUGUAUUGAAAAGUAUAUAGCGCUUUAAUAUAGCCUACCUUAGACUACUCUGACGAUGAAUGGGUUAACCUGAAUAUAGGGCUAUUGUAGUCAAAAAUGGUGUGUGUGGUUGUAAAUAUGACCACAUUACUGCUUUACCAAGAGAAUUACAUUGGCCUCCCUUGGAGCAUGGGUGGCGGAUUUUAAAUUAUGCAAAUCCGACCUAUAAUCUUCAUUUGUUUCAAACUUACAAACCUGUUGGGGGUUUACGAUCAUCAACCAUGAACUUGUUAGUGACACCCAGAUCAAGGUUAAAAUUUUAACGGACGAUCAUGCUUUUUUGUUUUGUGACCCUAAACUUUAGAAUGAUUCUCCAUAGCACUUACAGUGUAAAAUAGAGUUUGAAUAUUCGUCCUUCGAAGAGCAAUCUUAAAGCUUUAAAAACUUCUAAGCGUUAUUUUUAUUUCUUAGUUUUGUUUAACAAUUUUUCAUUUUCGUAAUCAAACGAGUUACUGUUUUCUAGUCGUUUAAGUUGAAAACAUUUAUUGUAAAGCGCCUUACAGCUUGAUGAUGAUAAUGAUGAUGAUGAUAAUGAUGACGAUGACGGUAAGCCGAAAACCCUUUAUGAAACCCACCUACAAAACGCAUACUGGGACUUCCCUGUCUAUGCAGAGUCAAUGAAAGUGAGCCAAUUGGAUACAUGCGUUAGGAUUACAAAUGUACACUCAACGGUCCUCAAGGAAAGUCAUAUUACUGGAGAUGAAGUGCCCAUGGGUCGAGAAUAGGGAAGCAAUUAAAGAACACAAAACGUGACGUCUAGAAUUAAAGAGACAAGUUUCCGGACUAAAAGAUCAUCGAGUAUUACAUCAUGCUACAUGUCGUGCCUGGUGAUCGCUAAAUGAAGAGAACUGACGGCUCUUUUCUUUGUGACUUUGUUUUAUCUAAGUCACUUAACUUAGGGAACCGUUUUUUUAAUAAAUAGAUCUUUUCACAAGCAGAAAUCGGGACCUUAACUAUUGACUGUGUUUUAUUUUCACUGGUUAAAUAUACUUUCAUUUUUAUUAAUUGGUUCUUUUUUUCUUUACAUCUGGUUUUAGAUGUUUAGUACUAGCUGAUAUCCUGUAGUAUUUACGUAGGUCACGGUUACUAGGUUUUUUGUAGAUGUCUUUCUUUUUCUUCAGAAAAUGCCACGGAGCAGGACAAAAGGCAGUUACUUCAGGAAAUCGAGCUGAUGAAGGAAGUCGGGACACACCCUAAUAUUGUGAGCAUGCUCGGCUACUGGAUCCAAUCACCUCCCAUUAUGUUAAUCAUGGAAUAUGUUCCAAACGGAGAUCUUCUUCGAUGGCUCAGAAACAAAAGGAAACAGGUAUCAUUACUUUAUCAGCAGUACCAAUAAGAAUUUGCUGCCCUCUUUUGUGCCUUUUCUUAAAAAAUACCUGCUGUCCAUUCGCAAUAGCGCUGGUAUAGGUACCAUUUAUAGAACUCAAACUCGGACAAACAAAUUCCUCAAUGUUGUUUGUCUUUAAAAUGUCAAUUUGUCUGACUUUUAUCAUGAAAAAAUGGCAGAAGUCAGACAAACAUUGCAGAUUAGUCAUCUGACGUCAUUAGUAUUCUGUGCUGUACUUUAAUUUUCUAAUGAACAUCCUGCUGCGUGUAUAUGUUCCUUUUGUUACAUUGUGUGGUCUCUUAAGGCAGACACACGUCUAAAAACCAUCGUCUUCAGUAAAAAUAAUAAGAUGCUAAACAACUUGAAGUGAGAAUUUGUACAUGUUACCUAUAAUUUAAGUUCUCAAAGACAGAGGUGAACUUAAAAAUGUAGAUAUCAAUACAACCGGAUAUUCGUAUUUUUCCAAACGCGGUUUAUACAGCCAGACUGUUUAGAUGCUAUUCAUGUAUUCGGAAAACAAAGAUCGGUAAAUACACAAAAAUUUGUCUUCAACACUAAGUGAAUAAAGUCAAGCUUGCUCCGGUAGGAUCAGUUAAGGUUUCCGGAAAACUGCCUACCUAUCCCUCCCCUAAGCCACUGUUGUCGUCGUUUCGCUGUUCUUCAAGAUUCAUUAUUUAAUUCUCAGUGUCUCAGUUUUCUUACAGUUCAAGUUAAUUAGCAUUCACGCGUCGAAAUCGGCUCGCCUCUUUCACUUCUACAUUUCGAGGAUUAAUAGUGCGAUUUACAGAAUGAUUCGCUGAAAAAGGAAAAAAGGCCAAAUAUCCUGAUGAGAAAUUCGCUGAAAGCAUGAAAAACUCUUGAAAAAACUACUUACACUAGCGUGAAUUAUCUCCGGGUCUUUGUUUCUAAAUCUGAAUUCUUCUGUUCAUGUCCACUGCUAGCUCAAACUGAAUUUUUAAACAUAGCGCUUGAAUGCAGAAUACCCUUAGCGAAUUUAAGGGACGUGUUGCUAUCGGCAACGGAUUUAAUUUAUACCACCACAUUUUUCCCUAAGUGAGAAGGUAGUGUUAAUUUUGUCUUACGGGAGGGGUAGGUGGUCAGAAAAGAAAAAAAAAACUUGACGUUUUGAGCGUUUCCCCCAGGGGGUACUCCCGCCUGGUAGGAUGAGGAUCUCCAUCCUUAAAUAUUGUAUCAUUGUUGCUCUUAUUGGCGUAGUGUUGCCGAUGGGAUCCUUAGAUAGGGUACCGUUAUUCUAUCAUUAUUCUAUACGUGCGUAUAUUAUAUUGUUUUUCGCUUGUCUCAACUAUUCAAAAUGUUUGACAGUACCCCCCUCCCCCCCCCAAAGGGGCGUUAACCUUUUCUGGUCAGAAUGAAUCACGGGAUUACUAAUAGGGGAGCUACGCUAUUGUUUGAACAUGGUAACUAGACAAGAAUAGUUUACUUCAACGAACGCUUUUCAUUCUAGUAAUUUAAUUUUUUUUUUCAUUUUCCCAUGUAUUCACCGUAGUUGAGCUCCGUUAUAUGAUGAGGGUCUCAAUGGGGUUAACCGAUAGGCGUAAAACGGCCAAAAAUUUAAUCGAUAGCCGUAAAAAUUGAAAAAUUUUAACCGUUAGCCGUAAAUAGGGUAAAAAAGAGUUAACCGUAAAAGAAAUUGUUCCCUAGAUUUGCUACUCUUAAGGAAGGUACUAAACUCACUUAUAGUUCCGUUUUUUAUUUCCCGGCUAGUGUGGCUCCGUACGCACGUUAGGUAAAGCGCCUUUUAGGUGUUGACGAAGACCCUGGUUCCAUUUCCGCCGCUCUCUCGGGGAACUAAUUUUUUUUCCAUAGCGAAAGUGUGGCUUCUUGCUGGGGAUUAAUAUUUGCGAUAUUCAGAAGGUCGUGCCCUUGAAACACUAGUAAAACAACACGCAGAGAUCUCACUGUUUUGUAAAACACGUUGCCGAUAAACAACAUUUCCCUGUUUUUCUCUGACGCUACGGUAGACAUUGCCAUGCCUAGUCCCUGUACGGCGUCUUCCCACGCAAUCUCGGUCAAGGCAUUUCGGUGGCGAACUCGCUCGGACCCCGUGACCCGAAACGCAUCAGCCGCACGAAAUAAUGAGGCCUACGGACAAGGCAACGGCUGACAGUGGUUCCGUACAGUCCUUCGCUAUCAUUAAAAACACUGGUCACGGGAAUUUUGUUAUUGGCCGUUUUCACACUAGAGCUAGAAACGGAUUAUCCGUCUGAGACUAGCCUGUGUACAGUCGCCCCCUUCCCGACAGACACCCCUUCUCCGAUUUUUCUCUGAUGGGAGGGGCGGCUGUACAUAGGCUAUCUGGAACGGAUAAUCCCGUCUUCAAACUGUCCGUCGAAAUUGUAUUGAAGGAUAAAGUCAGGCGGAUUGUUCAUUCAAAAUUAAACCUAUUCCAUUUUCAAAUUAAGACGUAUUACCUAUCUGACGCGAAUCAUCAAACGGAUAACCCGUCUCACACGAAUAAUCCGUCUCUAGUGUGAAAACGGCCAUUUCUGUUGUAAUGAAUGUCGCGCCCCGGCCUUGAAUUGGGCGUUCGCGUGUGUGCUUUGCUUUUGCACAAAGAUUAUUUUUAAAUUGACUAUUGACAUUUCUGUGUGUAAAAUAAUAUUAGAAGUGGAAUACUUUACAAAAAGUAUGAUCUAUCAAAUGUAAAAAUUUUCCAAAAGAAUAGCUUAUUUCAUCCCAAGAUGAUCUUAAGACCUUUAUUUUAAUACAGGUUAAUUAAUAUUUAACUUUUUGAAACAAAAGAAGUUAAUUUUCAACUUUUUUGUUAACCGUAACUGAAAAAAAUUAGCCGAUAGCUGUAAAAGAACCAAAAUUUUAGCCGAUAACCGUAAAUGCCACCACCCCAUUGAGACCCUCUUUAAUGAACCGUCCUUGAUUCGAGCAGACAAAGGGCUUCCACUCAAAAUGCCCGUCAGCUUUUCGACCCCACGGUCUUUCAAUGGUGGCAAGAUGAGUUAUUCAAAUCAGCGGAUAACACCAGAGUUUUGCUUUUCACCCUUCGACCGACGUAGUAGAAAGUUUCUUUCCAAAAUACCCUUCAAAACAUUUUGGUGGAGAUAAUGAUUGUCCGUCCCGAAAGCUCUGUACGAGACAUGACGUCACAAGUGGCAUUAGGUCAAACCAUAGUUAAUAGAGGGAAUGGUUAUGAAACCCGACAAAGUUCUUUGUUGUAUGUUUUUGUUCUCUUUUUUGGCCUUGACCCUGCACAAAACACAAUAGUUGUUUACUCCGUACUGAGGAACUAACCAAUAGAAACGUGCUGGUUACGUAAUUCAUGCAUAACGUAUGAACGCAAAACAAAAGAUUGUGCAGGGUCGUGGACCUUCUAACAUAAAUCUUGGCAUCUUUGUUUGCUCCUUUGAUGUUUGCCGGGCUUCAUAACCAGUCACCUCCAUUAACUAUGGUCAAACCAAAUAUCAAGAAGCACACGUCUUGUUUUUGGGACUGUGUAUCUUAAAAUGUCAUAGAAAAUUGUAACCAAAGCAAAAGAAAAGCUUUGUUUCUAUUGCAGUUUAAUCCAUUUGAAUUUUCCGUGGACGAUUUAAAGAAAGUUGGCCCAUAAGGUUUUCCCGGCUAGAUUUUCAGUUUAACGUCGUCGUCGUCGCUCCUGGAGAUUUUGCCGAAAAACGCGUUUUGAAGCUAGUCGAGUGGUUUUCUGGUCACUGUCGUGCUAUAAAGAGCUAAAACUUACCACAAACCGGUUUACAGGUCGUACACUUGGCAGCCUUCUGAUCCAGAUGCAAAAUAUCAGCUUGCGAAGUUCGGGCAUGCGCAGAAAGCCAAAUUUUUUGGGGGUUUAAAAGUGACACAGCAGUCUUGACUUUUACUUUUCGCUUUCUCUCCUCCCUUCUUUUUUCGCUUUUCUUGCCUCAUUUUUUUUUUCUCUUGCUGGGCAUUUAAUAGGCUUCAUUUUGGUGGGAAGAGUUUUUAGGAAAGCUUUUAGGAUCUUAGGAUUAGGUGAAAGGAAAGGUAGGUGGGUAAUGGAACAAGAUUUUCAUGGAGAUUUUCAGGUCCUUGUCACGUGGUUUUUUGCUUCUUUCUCCGGUGUCCUUGACUGAAUUGUGCUCAUUCUGGUAUGGUUUGAAAGAUCUGUUCACUCUGCACAAGUUAGCGAAGAAAGUUGUCCUUGACCGUUAAAACUGAUGACGUCACAAAGGGUAGAAAGGUCCUGGAUCCGCACGGGCGGUUACCGGCGGUUCAGGGGCGAAUGGGUUAAGUAAUCUUUCAAUUCACAUGGAUUCCUUUCAAUGGGUAAAAAUAUUUCGGCUAACCAACUGAUAGUGUUGAAAUUGUUUCUGCUAACGAAACCGUUUCAUGACCAGACGGAAUUCAUUUCAAUAUUUUUUUUUCAGCUUACAAUAAAAAAGAGUCGUCAAAGUAAUGUCGUUGAAAGGCUUAAGCCUCCUGUUCCUGAGAGGCCGAAAUUGGUGUCCAGGAACCCGCAAACAAAAGAUGUCCUGGAUGAAAACCUGAAAGAGGAGAACAGGGAAAGAAAUAAUGAAGAAAGUGGAAAAGACGGUGGUUAUCAUUCCAGCGAGACGAAGGAAAUUAAAAUCGACCUGGACGACGUUGAAAUAGGAAUUCUAAUCAACGCUGCUCCUCGAUCUGAGAUAGAAUCUCUCUGCAUAAACCUGGAAGACGAAGAUGACAAGGAGGAAGAAGAAAGUGUCAGCACGUCACUUCCACAAAAUGAAGGGCGAGAGGGACCGGUUAUGUCGGUGAUGGUGGUACCUUCGAUCAGUAUUGCCCAUUUCUCCAAAGAAAAAGAGCUCACUCUUGCUGAGCCUUUAAGAAACGUCGAACAAAAGAUCACCAUCGAGAAAGAAAAAGGCAGCUGUGAGGGCAAGGAAGAUGAUGAAGAAGACAUUUCUGGGGAAGAAGUUCUAUGUUAUGCGUGGCAGAUUGCUAAAGGGAUGGUAAGAACGUUUUCGACAUCGUUUGCAAAGCACAAAAAUCUGCCUCUUCUCCGUAUUUAAAAUACUUUUCUACUAGUUUUUCCGUGUCUGCAAGUAUUAUGCUAUCCGGUCAUGAGACGGCAGAAUUUUCAAGCAUUCAAAUUGCUGCAGUAAUUAUAACAGACUAUAAUAGGGCUAACUACUAUCUUGCUAAAUUUUUCGUGAAACACAACUCAUAUAAAAUUGAGCCGUUUGAUUUUAAAAGAGGUCAACAACGAGUUUUUUUAUAGCCCGGGAAGCCUAAAAAUCACAUGGAGCCGUUGUGAAGGUACCUAUUGAAAAAUCAGGUGUGUUCGUAUUUUCGAAAAGGAGUGUCAUGAAUACAGCCAAAUGACCGGAAUAAGGCUAAACUAUCAGUUAUUUCAUUUGAAUCGUACAAGCCUGACAUACGGUGACGUAGCCAGCUUUUCGACUAGUUGUAGACCUGGCUGACUUUCAUUUCCACAUAUCCUGAAAAUUGCACGCAUGACCAGUACGCACUGACGUCACCAACACUUUGAGCUCUUGUGCUUUUUUAGCUCACCCCAACAACUUAUAAUUUAUUACCAGCGGUAGAGUGGUCAAACCAAAAAUUCUACGCCCCUCACAUUCAAGGCAGAACAGGAAAUAGAAAGCAAAAAGGAGAGGAAAAGAAAAGAGGGUUAGUAGAGAAAAGAAAAAGCAAUGGUUAAAUUUGUUUUCGGGACUGGAUGACUGAGCAGCAAGGAAUCGGAAUCUUGGAAAGCACAAUAAACGGUCUGCAAGUGGAACUGAUGGCUAAAGCUAAGGGAACGGCCACUAUGAUGGUAUUUGCUAACUAUAGUAAGCUAAAUUGAUAUAUCUGGUAGAUCAGCUGUAUCUUUGGCGUUUGGGUUUCGCAAAUAUCACCCUCCUCGAUCCGCAUAACUCUGCCUCAUCCAAUAAUUGCUGUUUAUUCAUUCGUAUGAAUGAACAUUUUUAAUUAAAAAAAUCUAAUCUCUAAAUGAAUAAUGUUCACCAAGUAUGCUGUUUUGGGCGACUUUGAAAUAUAAAUCACCAGUAUAGUAAGAACUAAUGGGUUUUUUUUUUCUUUUUCGGGCGUGGCAGUCCAAGAAGGGCUUGAUUCCACUCACCCCAAGUCUCGCUGAAAAACAGCAUUUAAUUAAAAGUCAACAGGUGUCAACGGUCUUUCUUCCGCGGUUGAAAACUUAAAAGCCCUAUUUUUCAGCAAAUAUUCAUCCCUGUGAGUUAUCGAGGGCAAAAUUGUAUGGAAGUGAUCUCAAGGGGAAUAAAAAUUACUUCGAGUUAUCUAGGGUUCGAGUUACCGAGGGUAAAAUUACAGUAAAUGUAUGAAAGAAAUCCAGGGGAAAUCCAUUUUGGUUCGAGUUAGCGAGGGUUCGAAUUAUCGUGAGUCGACUGUAGUUCACUUAGCUCGUUUAACUUUGACGACAUUUUGUGCUGAAAAGUGUUCGUCGCAGCGAUUUCUUGGUCAAUUCCUUAAUUUGUUUCUUCGUUUUCCAACAGCUGUGACGAAAAUCCUCCCUCCAUUCUUCAUGAAUAGACCAACGAUCACUUCCUCCCGCUUUCCGGACCGUUUGCUUGGCACAGCUUGCAGUAGCCUGUUCCAGGCUCUCGAUAGUAAGGAUGCGCGUAAGUGUAAGGCAACGGCAAAGCGUGAUCUUGGAAAAAGGGGACGGUGGCGGGCUAUCUUUGAGCCUGGAACAGACGUUUCAUUGCACUUGGUUGCUUUUCACACCAAAUCGUUAAAUCGGGGGUUCGUUUACAACGAUAUUCCGAUUAACUGCUAUCCCCCUGCCAUAUCGUAAAAUCGAGGUUCCAUUUUACUUUCAUAUUGACCAAUCAAAUGGAAAUUUGUGUUGAUCUAGAGGUAUCUGGUAACUAAAAAUUGUUUGAGAAUUAAUUUUCAUUAAUUCUCUGCCAGGAAUACUUGGCCAGCAAAGGAUUCAUUCAUCGUGAUCUGGCAGCCCGUAAUAUCCUACUUGGUGAGGACAGAGCGGUGAAGAUUGCUGAUUUUGGUUUGUUACGCCGCGCAGAUGAGAGUGAGAUAUACGAAGUUACGAGCGUAAACAAGCUACCAAUGAAAUGGAUGGCACCUGAAGCGUUGGAGAGCGGCAUUUUUACUUUCAAGACUGACGUGUAAGUAUAUGUUAAUGAGGUCACAGUUAGGCCAAGCUUAAGCUUCCUGUGAUGCAGUGUGAGGUUGAGGUGCAAUGUACUGUUAGAACUGUCUGAAAAAAGAAGAGCACAAUAUUGAUCAUGACACUGUCUAUAGUAGCGGUUAUCACUCUAUCUCUAAAGAAAUACUAAAGUGUUUGGCAAACAUUAGCCUGUUCCAGGCGUGAAGCUAGAAAAUAAGAUAUAUAAAUAGAAACUUUGAGCCGAUCAAGUUAACCUGAGACCAUCUUGGAUCCUGGAAUCCACGCUCCACAUCCCGCAUUCCAGAUACUGGAUUCUGGAUUACAACUCAGUGUAUUUCCGAUUUCAAAAGGCUUAGAUUCCAGAAUUUCAUAGUUAGCAGGAUUCCGGAUUCCAAAGUCCAUGACUCCGAACAAAAAUUUCCUGGAUUACUAUCCAUGGGGCGAGAUAAACAAAAUUGAUAUUUCUAUGAAUUUAAUUCUUGCUUUUUCUUUAUAUGCUUCCCUUUAUUGCAGAUGGUCUUUUGGAGUUGUUUUGUGGGAACUAUCCACCAUGGGUAAGUUAGAUUUACAAAUCUUUGUAUACUGAUGCUUGUAGAGUAAAACUCCAGUCAUUUUCCUAUACCCAAGGAAAUUGAGAGGAAUCCCCAAGAAAAAAGGUAGGGAAAAGCUGACUGUUCAGUUUUAUGAUAGCAAUCACGGGAGAAUCGAACCAUAAUGUCGUGAUUGCCAAACAACUAGAAAAAAUAAUAGGCUAGUUUCCGCCGCUCUCUCGUGUCCGGUCUUGUUCCUUACCGAGACGAGACAGCUGUCUUUACUGGGGAGGAGCUCAGGCUCAUAAUAAUCCAGCCUAUAAGUCAUACUCUUAACUAGCCUGAGAAAACAGCCGACAUUUGGCGACGCUACCACUGGUUUCCCCGCCAAAUGACGUCUGAAAAAUGAGCGCAGAAAUUCUAUGCGCGUCACUAUCCAGAUCUGGGUAGUGCUUCUGAUUGGUUGAAUCAAAUUUCCCACGCCGCACAACCAAUCAGAAGCACUUCCCAGAUUUGGGUAGUGACGCGUCAUCAGUAUGGAAUUUCUGCGCUCGUUUCUCAGAAGUCAUUUGGCGGGGAAACCAGUGGUAGCGUCGCCAAACGUAAGCCGUUUUCUCAGGCUAACCCUUAACCAAAACCUGACCUGAUAUCACGCGUUACUUAGCAAAAUGAAUACUCAAUAACUAUUUUUUAACCCUCCCGGAAGUUGAUAAAUUGAUAAUACUGAUAAUGGUAAUUGAACUGAGUGGAGAGCAAUUUGGUCUGAAAUCAUUCGAUUUGUCACAACUAUGAUUUCAGAACAAAACUGCACGACACGAAGUUGAAUCAUCACCUUAUUACAGCCAUUUUAAAAUCGCAGAAUUCAAUCAGUACCAUCAGUGAUUGGGCGUGGCAACAGACAAGAUUGCUCUUUAUCCCUCAUACUCUUUAACAUAUAUUCUGAAGCCAUGCUAAGAGAUGCUUCUUAAAAGCUUAAAAGCGGUGUGAAUAAGAGUGUUCGAGUGGGAGGUCAUCUCAUGAAGACAGUGCACUUAAUUUGCGGAUGAAUGAUCAACCUUAGCCAGUUCAGUAACUUAUGAUGGAUAAAACGCAGGAAUCCGCGGGAGAAUAUGGCAUGAAGAUCAAUGUUAAGAAGACUAAGGUCAUGGAAGUCAUUAAGAGGCCUGGUCUUGAGGAAUUCACGAUCUUUCUUGAGGGUAACAAUUAAGUCAAGAAUCGCACCUUAACUACCUUGGGAGCCUUAUUACACAGGAUGGAUCCUGAGAGAAAGAAAUUACAUCGAAAAUAGCCCGAGAACGCGUUUACUAAGAGAAAAGAACUGCUGACAAAAGCCUUCAGCCUUUGCCUGAAGAAGAGAAUAACAGAUUUGCAUGAUGACGUCACGCGCGCACUGCAUGCUGGUCAAACUUCCGGGAGAUUCAAAAACAAUGGCGGCAAACGAGGCGUUCAAAGAUGUUCACAGGUCAAAGAACAAAACUUUAUCAACAAUUUUAACGGAAGACGACGUUCCUGGGGCAUUUUUAAAGGGACGGAAACCUGAACAGUUAAAAAACGAUGGGUUGAAACAUUGGUUGAGGUGGCACUCGCGUGCAACCGCUUGAGAGGUAAACAUGACAUUUGUGCAGUGUUUUGGCAUCCAUGCUGGGUUAUUUUUUAUUUUUUUUGCCAACAUUUAAUUUUUAGGGUUAAAGAUUAUAUUUCCAGUGGACUACACAUGAAGGUAACUAAUCCUGAUGGGGGAAUUCACUCCACUGGAAAAACAAUUGGAAGGUACUGGUAAUGAACGUGAUGACAAGGUUGUUGAGUGGCCCAAAGAAGGCUGGACCUUAAGCCUAUAAAAAGCACCGGAGUUUCAACAUUGUUUUAUAUUUUCAUAUCUGUCUGGAGGGAGAAACAGCGAGAAAAAAAGACAAGGGGCGUUUAAAAGCAAACGAGAAGGGUACGCUUUGUUUAAGGCUUCCCAUGUCUUGGAUGUAAAAUUUAACAGCUCUCAUGAUGAUUUCUGCUUUUCUGAUGCAAGAGUAAAGGCUUCUAUGACCAGAAACAAGAUGUAUAGAACAAAAGUUAGACAAAACAAAACAGGUGAAGUUGUUUCUGCUCAAUGCACUUGUAAAGCUGGCGCUGAUGGAUAUUGUAAACAUGUUGGGGCCUUAUUAUAUGCCAUACUUGACUUCUCUGAAUGUGGCCUUGGGAAGAUGCCUCCAAACAGUUCUUGCACAUAAAGGCCUCAGCAGUGGCAUAAACCAACCGAACGAACAUCAAACGUUCCAGUUCUUUUCAAAGAUGCUGAGAAAAGAAAGAAGACUGAAGAAAGGACUGAAAGGAAAAACCAGAAAGUGGCAUAUUCACCAUGUCCCUCCUUUGCUCUACAGGUUACAAGAAAAUAGAUUAAGGACCUCUACAAUGAAUUAAAAAACUUGUCUAAGGAGUCAAAUGCAGUAAUUCUCAAUGUGUUACAAGGCAAUGAUUGGCAGCCUGUAACUGUAAAAAAAAAUAGAAGAUAAGUUUGCUAAACACACUGUUCUUGUUGAUCAUGAUUAUCUACCUGGUAAAGAUAAAGAAAUGAAACUCAGACAGAGAUAGAAGCUUCUAAAUGUGAAUUAGAUCAUUUUUUCAAGAAAGGCCCAGUACAUGGUUUUGGGGAAAAUCAGCGUGAGCUACUAGACAUCAACUUUUUACCAGACUUAAUCAUUUCCCAUUCUGUAGUAAUUUCUAACUUACCUGAACAACAGACUGAAACUAGAAUGAUUGUAGAAACUGAAACUGAUGAAGCUAUGAUUUCUGAGGAAACUUUAAAUGAUGAUCCUGAUUUUCAAAGCAAUAGUAACUUUAUCAUACCCAAUCCCACACAGUGCUACCCAGAUGACUUGGAUUUAACAGAUGAGAACUUUAUAGCAGUUUGUAAAGAGUACAUGAAAACCAUCAAAAUAACUGAAGAUGGUAUCAACACUGCUGAGGAAAAAACAAGAGGGCAAUCUAGCAACUCAAAUUGGUUUCAAUACAGAUGUAGAAGACUAACUGCAUCGAAAUUUGGUGAAAUCACUAACAGAAGAGUAAUUACACCCCCUGAUAGGCUUGUGAGGGAUGUGUUUCAGUACAACUGCCGGCCAAAUAUACCAUAUCAGUGUCAAGUGGGGUUGGAAAUGGAACCAAUCAUCAUAGGUAAAUACAUUCAUCAUCAAGAAAACAAUGGUCAUGAGGGCAUCACUAUGAAAGAUAAAGGCCUUGUUAUUGAUAAGGAUAAUCCUGUGCUGGCUGCAAGUGUUCAUGGUAAAGUCAGUAAUCCAACAAAUAAAUAUCAUCCAAUUGGAAACCUUGAGGCAAAAUACAAGUUAUUCCCAUCAAAGUUAAAGGAACAAGUGGAUACAAAGCAAACUUCGUUACUUAAAGUUCUUGCAAAACACACCAAGAAUUUCUGCUUGGAGAUUACAGAAUCAGGACUCAGACUCAAACAAAAACAUUCAUACUAUAAACAAGUUCAGGGGGGUAUGGCAAUAACUAUAAAGCCACGGUGUGAUUUUGUUGUGUACACUUAUUUCAUGAAUCGUGAGGAUAUACACAUUCAAAGUAUUUUCUUUGAUCCAGCAUUCUGAGAAGCACUCAAGAAAAAGCUUCUUGACUUUUAUCUCUAUGCUAUGGUUCCUGAGCAACUUACUGGACGCGUGAAGAGAGGAAUUCCCAUGUACCCAAACAUCUUUUCUUAUAAAUGACUGAAAAUAAUCACCCCAGGAAAUAAUGUCUAUAGGUUUAAGAACUAUGCAAAGAGUUGAUUAAGUUCAACGCCUGCAGAUAUAUAUGUAAUCACUGAGAUAAGCCAUCGGUUUGUUAACUUGAUAUUACGUUUAUUCACCCAUUUAGCGUUGCAAGAAUGUUGUGAGUUGACAGGUGAUUUUUUAAAAGUGGCAAUUUUUAACAGUUCAUCACAUCUUGUAAACUACCGAGCAGAAUAACCAGCCUCUACUGUUAAGUAGGUGAUGGUUUUGAUAGCAACUGGCCACUUCUGACAAACCAGUAAUAUUUUAAGUACCUUCACCUGUUGCAUGAAAAUUAUUUAUCUGGAAGAUAUGCAUUUGCAUUAAGUUUCAAUAUUUUGUCUACUACUACUGUCAAAUUACAAAUACCAUAUUUCCUCAAUUAACCCUUUAAACCCUGGCAUCAGUAUGCAUAUUCUCCACACUGUUUUUCAUGCAUUUCCUAUGCUACCAAUGAUAAUUUUUUAAAGAAAUGUUAAAAUCUUUUAUAUUUGGUGCUUAUUUCCAUUCUUCACACAACAUGUCUACUUUAUCAAACACUUAUUGGGUAAAUCCUGUACACCAAUACUAUGUACCUUGUAUUUCUUACCAAUUCAAGAAGUUAUUUUAAAAAAGAUGAUGUUGACAAAAUUUGGGAAGUUUGCUGUUUACUGGCUAAUUUCAAGGAGCCUUGACUAUACUACCAGUGGCCCUUGAAAUUAGCCAGUAAACAGCAAACUUUCCAAAUUUUAAAAAACAUCUUCAGUCAUAGAAUUUGGUAUCUUUGUAUGCGAACUGAUGCAAUCUCCCUGGUUUCAUCUUCUUUAUCAGGAUUUACCUGGUCUUUACUUCUCAUGAAGGGUGGAAUAUUAAGGUAAACUUUCUUCGAUGCUAAUAGGUCUUGGAUUUCAAAACCAUGAUCUGCCAUUACUGCAUCACCCUCUUCAAGAAGCUGUGGAAUGCCACAAUGCUCAACAAUAACUUUGUCACUAAAAUGACCUCCAUACAAAUCUGACACAAAGGUUAAAGCACCAUUAGGUGCUAUUGCAACAAGGCCCUUGGCUGUAUUGUGGGACUUAUAUGAAGAGUAAGUUUCAGAUUGUGCAUGGAAACAUGAGGGCUUUUCAAUGAAUAAUUCAGUACAGUCAAGGACCACCCUUGUGAGUGGGUAUUUCUAUUGAAAAACUCUGGGCAUUGUUUCUUCAACUGUUCUUCUCGUAGCCCAAACAGGAAGUUGAAUUAACCUUGAAAAAAGUAAUUCGAGCCAGGUAGCAAAACUCGUUAAGACCUCUGAUACACUAAUAUUAUAGUUACCAACCAGUACUUUCUCUGGUAUAUUAACCCUCAAUCUACACAAUGUCAGUAAACGCUCGUCAUCAGGCUCUAAGAAGCGCUUUUGUCCCUUCUUUUCUAUAUCAGGUAAUUGUACCUUGGCAUAAUCAGAGCCCCAGUAAUUUAGACGAUAACAAAUACCAUGGGCAUUUAGCAAAUUGAAUAAUGCCACAAACUGACCAAAGGUCAGGCCAGUGUAGAAGAUCAUAUCCUUUUCUGAUUCUUUAAAACGCUUUAAACCAAAUUUAAGGAUGGACAGAUCCCGUUCCAACGAUCCUUUUAAACGUAGAACGUUUCCCAGUUCUUCUCUCAAUUGUCUAAUCUCUUGACGAUCACGCUUGGACUCAUCAGCCUUUGAUGUAGUGGUCGAAGCUGGUAAACUAGGUGAGGGCUGCGUCUCUUGGUUGGAUGUCGAAGAUUUGUUAACGAUUAGUUUUCUCCUUGGUUCAGGUGACCGCCUGGGAUGAGAUUUUGCCAAAGGAAAAAGAACAGGAACAUUGUUCAUGUAGGUCUUUUUCCUCCUUUGAAAUGCAAGCUACAUACUCGGUGUCCAGUGGUCGGAUUGACAUUUUUCCUCGAUAUUGAGUGUAACCAGCGACGCCUCAAAUUCUUUUCCUUUCGGAAAACAUAACCCGACAGAUGCGUGUCUCUUUUACUGUUCUUGACUACAAAUACCAGCAUGCAGUGCGCGCGUGACGUCAUCAUGCAAAUAUGCUAUUAUAAAGACUGUCAUCUUGACUUGAGUACUCUUCUGUAUGGAGCCAAAUUAUGGACCUUGAAGAAAGAGGACGUGCAAAGGCUGGAGAGCUGUGGGAUAUGGCUUUGGAAAGAGGUCUUAAACGUUACUUGGUCUGACAGGGUCUGUAACGAAGAAGAAUUGAGGCGUGACGGUGAGGAGAGGGCCAUCAUAUCUGUUAUCAACAGAAGACAGAGAGUCUGGCUUGGUCAUACCCUGCGACAUGGUGAUCAUGUCCCAUUAGUUACUUAGGGAAGAAUACCAGGAAAGAGACCACCUGGAAGACCUCGAGUGGGAAUAUUGCAUAGAGUGAAGGAUGGCAACUCUUAUGCAGGGGUCAAGAGGCGGAAGGAAGGACCUCCCUGUGGGCAGAUCAAGUAGCCCUUUGAAAAGCGGAAACAGAAGGGUUUUUACAUUUCAUUUUGUAUUCGAAACAGAAAUGAUGCGAUAUAAAGUAAAAAGGUGCGACGUGGUUUAGAACAUAAAUAGCGCCAUUUAGAACAGAUGUGAUUGAGACCAAAAUAUAGUGUAAUUUUUGAAUAAAUCACACUGCUGAGGGCCAAUCGGAUUGCAGGGAUCACCAGCGAUUUCAAAAUAUAAAACUAGAAAAGCCUAAUAAUCUUUGAUGAGACAGCACUGAUCUUUAUUUUGUUAUUUUAGGGGGUACUCCAUACCCUGGGAUAACCCCUAUGAGGCUAUGCAGUUUACUUAAAUCUGGAUAUCGGAUGGAGAAACCCAACAUGUGCAGUGAUGAAAUGUAAGUCAGAAUAGAAAUAAUAAAAGACAUCCGAAAAGAGGGCAUGAUGAAGGAAUACUUACAUAGUUCUUCAAACAGUUUUUUUUCUUCUCAAAUUGUCAGCCUUUUCCAAGGAGUGGAAACUGCAGCGCGCCUCUUUCCUUCACGUUACCCCGUUCUAAAAAGGGCCUAUAGAACACAAGUGUCUUCAACAUUCAAAGUAAAUGGAGACAUAUCUUUGUGUAGCAGUAUUUUAAACUAGGGCUUCCUUUCUCGACAGAUACAAAUUGAUGAUGGACUGCUGGAAGGGGGAUCCAAAUGAACGACCCUCCUUCGUUCAACUAAUACCGAUACUAGAAGAGAUGAUGACAGAAGAUACCCCUUACUAUUGUUUCAGACUACUGGAUCCGAACCAGCCAUGUUACCGUGAGGCAUCCGCUACUAACACCAGUAAAACUAGUACUCUUGAAACGAAGCUGUAA